AUGAGUUAUAAAAUGUUUUCUGCAUCUCUAGAUUUCUCUUUCCUACAGAGGGGGAAUCCUCUUCUUAAGCAUGUCCGGAAUAUCCCAUGGGAGUUUGGAGACAUUGUACCAGACUAUGUGUUGGGGGAGACUUGCUGUGCUCUGUUCCUUAGUCUGAGAUAUCACAACCUGAACCCAGAGUACGUACACAGCCGGCUGAAGACGUUGGGCCAGGCCUACGCUCUACGGGUCCUCCUGGUGCAAGUAGAUGUGAAAGACCCCCAUUUCGCACUGAAGGAACUAGCCAAAAUCUGCAUCCUUUCCGACCUCACCCUGAUACUAAGCUGGAGUCCAGAGGAGGCGGGCCGCUACCUGGAGACCUACAAGUGUUAUGAGCAAAAGCCAGCUGAUGCCUUGAAGGAGAGGACUGAAAGUGAUUUCAUGUCCAAGAUUACAGAUUGCCUUACCACAGUGAAAUCAGUGAACAAGACAGACAGCUGCACACUGCUUACGACGUUUGGGACUCUUUCGGACCUUGCCAGUGCCUCUCGAGAAGACUUGUCCCUGUGCCCAGGAUUUGGACCACAGAAAGCAAAGAGACUGUUUGAUACUCUACAUGAACCAUUCCUCAAAACUAAGAAGUAG